GGGCCAGGCCCGGGUUGCUCGAUUCACAUACUUUUCGUAGUUUCUCAUUGUUUGCGCUUAGUCCUCUCGCGAGAUCACUUCAAUGGCGGCGCUCGCAAGGAUCGGUGGCCGGCACCUGAAAUCCACCGGCCUGAUAAACUCACCCGCCUCAUUAUUCUUCACUCAACGCCGUGGCGUUGCCUCCAAACUCUUUGUUGGCGGAUUAUCGUUUUACACUACCGAGCAAGGAUUGUCUGAGGCAUUUUCCCAAUGUGGCCAAGUUGUUGAAGCUCAAAUAGUCAUGGAUAGAGUCUCUGAUAGAUCCAAAGGUUUCGGUUUUGUGACAUUUGCUUCUGAUGAUGAAGCUCAGAAGGCUUUGAUGGAGUUGAAUGGACAGCAAUUAAACGGCCGUGUAAUAUUUGUGGACUACGCUAAGGAGAAGCAAAGUUUUGGUGGUCUCGGUGGCUUACCAAUAGCCAGAGGACCACCUGAGCCCGUUCUAGUAGCUGCCACGACAUCUGAAACAUUGAAAAGCGACGAACCGAAACCAAAUUAGCCAAAUUGCUACUUGAUAUAGUUAGAGAGAGCUCAGGUGAAUUUCUUGGUUUGAAAGCACUUUUUGAAGUGUUGUUUGCUUCUCUUGGUGUAUGUGUAGAGACAUGAGCGAGCUUCAGUAUUAGAUUUCUACUUGCUCUUACUUCUUUAUGAUCUCCGGAGCUUUCAUUAGAUCUUUGUGUGGAAUUAAAGCAGAUACUGUGUAAUUAUCACAA